CUGGCGUCUCUCUAGGCUCUAGAGCGACUCGCCCGCCGUUCUGCCCGCGCCGUUUUCUGUCGCGGUGCCGCUCUGUCCAGUGGACCUGCGUCAGAGGAGUCACUUUCGUUUGGGCGGGCUGCGGGUCAGUCCUGCUGGUCGGGACCAGUCGUCUUUCUCACUCGCACUGCAGUCCUGGAGCGUGCGAGCGAGACGGCGUGACUCGCUCAAGCCGCACCGGUCGCCCGCGGCCCAGUACGGCCCAGUGUAGGAGACGCUGGAGCCACUGCAGCCACUGCAGCCUCCAGGACACACCACUGGAGUGACUCCAGCCUCUGCAGCGCCGAGUGCAGCGCAGCGACCAUGAGUGCGGACGCUCUGACAAGACACGCCCUGCCGCCGCAGUCCAUCGGCGGCAAACAUGCAAGCAAUGCUGCAGAGGCGCCCCCCGCCGGCCCGGUGGUGCGCUGGGUGACGGGCGAGGCCCACCACCGCCUGCUGCGCGACUUCACGGGCGAGCGCACCGGCUUCGUGCGCGUGUCGGAGAAGGGCUACUUCCUGCCCAGCAAGUUCGCCACCGAGAUGCCGCACUUCGUCAACUUUCAGCCGCGCGCCACCGACACCUGGGUCGUGACGUACCCGCGCUCCGGUACCACCUGGACGCAGGAGAUGGUGUGGCUGCUGGCCAACGACAUGGACUUCCAGACGGCCAAGUCCGUCGACCUCAACGAGCGCUUCCCCUUCUUCGAGUUCAACUGCUUCAUCCACGAGGACACGAAGAGGGAGUUCCUGGAGGAGAACGCCGGCGACCCCGAGAUGCAGAAGGAGGUGCUGGCCAUGGCGGUGCCCGGGUACCGCCUGCUCGCCGACAUGAAGGGCCCGCGCUUCAUCAAGACCCACCUGCCCUUCACGCUGCUGCCCAAGAACCUGCUCACCUGCGGCGCCAAGGUGAUCUACUUGGCGCGCAACCCGAAGGACGUGGCCGUGUCUUUCUUCCACAUGAACCGCCUGAUUCGCACCCAGGGCUACAACGGGGACUUCGAGACGUACUGGAACUACUUCCAGAACGACCUCCACGCCUGGACCCCCUACUGGUCGCACUUGGAGGAGGGGUGGCAGCGACGCACGCAUCCCAGGAUGCUCUUCAUGUUUUAUGAAGAAAUGAGUAGAGAUACUCCGGCUGCUAUUAGGAAGGUAGCCAGUUUCCUGGAGAAGGAGCCGACCGACGAGCAGGUGGCCAGCCUGGCGGAUCACCUGGACAUCGUCAACUUCAGGAAGAACCGCGCCGUCAACUCGCAGAGACUGUUCGAGCUGGGCAUCAUGCGCAAAGAGGAGGAGGGCUUCAUCCGCAAAGGUGGCGUUGGCGGCUGGACAAACUACUUCACUCCGGAGCUAGAGGCGCAGGCGGACCGGUGGAUCGCGGAGAACCUGGCCAAGACAGACAUGCGUUUCCCGACCUUCCCAAGCUGACAACUUCUUUGUCAUUCCCUAAAAUAAUUUCCUAUGUAAUUCCUAAGCAAUACGUGUGUUAUUUUCGUUGCGGAGAAAUAAAUCUUGUCCAAAAGUUA